GUUGUGUAUUGCUCGUCGGAGAAAAUGGAGAAUUACAGAGCGUUUCCAGAUUCUGGCAACUUGUCUAGCAAAGUCGUUGCCGUCGCUGUUGGUGAAGCUCACACUCUUGCUUUAAUAGAUGACCAGAAAAACAUAACCUAUGGUGACCCAUCACUUGGCGACCAUCCUGUCGAUGAAAUUUCAUACCGGAUCUUCCCAUCCGACUCGACAUACACCUCACGGAUCUACUCGAACUCGAACGGCUCCAGCUUCUCCCCAAUGCUAGUCAAAAUGUGUCUCAGAUCCACAACGGAAACGAACUCGGUGGACUCCUUAUCCAGGACCUUGAACGCAUCACGGAGCUGGCAAUCGGAGGGUUUGGGUUUCAUGUGCUUCGCCAUGAGAUUCAAGAAGCGAGGGAAAACAAAAGGCACCAUCAAUUUCUCCUCGGAGAUUAUGAACUUGAGUUGUGCCUGGGUGGAGUUUCUCCCGAAGCGAGCGCAUGAGGAUCCCCAACUCGGAAGGGGCGAUCUUCCGAUCCCGUCGGUGUCAAAGAGGGUGAAGAGAAAUCCAUCUUUAAAUGCGUUGCUGUCGGACAUCUGUAUUGGAACCUCAGCAGCACCGACUUAUCUUCCACCCCAUUAUUUCACCACCAAAAAUACUACUAGCAGUAGUACUGAAGAAGAUAUCAGAGAAUUCAACUUAAUAGAUGGUAGUGUUGCAGCUAAUAACCCGACUUUAGUGGCUAUGGAGGAAGCAAAGAAGGAGAUGACAGAGGUCGGAGGAGGCUCCCCACCAUGUCAUUACACGACCAGAUUUUUUGUUAUAUCCUUAGGAACUGGCUCAAACAGAUCAACCAAAGACAAACACAGUGCAAAAGAAGCGGCCAAAUGGAAUUUGUUUGGUUGGCUACGUCGUAUAGUUGAAGUAUUCACUCAAGCCAGUGCCGACAUGGUCGACUACCACAUUUCCGUCGUACUCAAAAUGCUACAAUCUGAAGACAAUUACCUUCGUAUUCAGGAUGAUACAUUAAGUGGGGUGUUGGGUUCAAUUGAUAUAGCAAAAAAGAAGAAUUUGGAUGAUCUUGUGGAAGUAGGGGAAAAACUUUUGAAAAAGCCAGUUUCAAAGGUUAAUAUGGAAACGGGUUUGAUUGAGCCUUGUGGUCAAGGAUCUAAUGAAGAGGCUCUCAAGAG